AGAAGUUUUUCUGACAUUUCACGAAUAUCACGUGCUCGUGGACUCUUCAGCAGUACAGCCCGCGUAAUUUUAAUGGCGGCGUAGUACAUUGUGUAUGUGAAUAGUUUGUGGCAGCUUAAUAAUUGAAUUUCGAGCCCCUUGUUUCUUGGGGUAUGUGCUGUGACAUUGACAUAUUUUAAAUGAAGAUAAGAAAUAUAUCCAAUGCUUCGGUGAUUCUUUGUGAUAGCUUAACAUAAUUUUAAUAGCAUACUAACUGUUUAAAAAACAUUGUUAAGCAUAAAAUGGGGCCUUAUUCAUUGAGAGGAACCCUUAAAGAUAAUAUCUUGGAGCCCCCUCAUGAAUUUCCUUUUCCUUUCACUCCAUAUCCAAUUCAACAAGAUUUUAUGACAGCAUUGUAUGUAGCUUUAGAAGGCAGUAAGCUUGGUAUUUUUGAGAGCCCAACAGGAACUGGUAAAUCUAUGAGCAUGAUAUGUGGAGCUCUUACUUGGUUGGAGGACAAUGAAAAACGAAUUCAUCAUUCUCUAGAAUUAGCUGCUGCGACAACUGUCGGUGUAAGUGAUGGAGAUGAAGACUGGAUAACUGAGCAGGCAAGACAGUUAGAGGAAGCAGCUAUACGUGCUGAAAAAAAAAAGCAGCUCAUCCUAUUAGAAGCAAAGGUGAAGGAGAUGGAAAUUAUUGCCAAAAAAGUGAUAGCACGUCGAAAAAAUAGUGAAUCUAAGAAGCUUCUUUCAACAACAAUUCAAACAAAACGAGAUGAAGAAAAGGUGAAAGAAGAUACGGAUGAUGAUUUGUUGUUGGAAGAUUAUUCAGAAGUUAUGGACGAAAAGACUGAAGAAGAAGGAGAUGAAAAUAAAGAAGAAUAUGUAGUCACGAAAAUUUUCUUCUGCAGCCGAACUCAUUCUCAAUUAUCUCAACUAGUGUCAGAAUUACGUCGCAGUGUGCAUUCAGAUAAGCGUGUGACUUGCCUUGCAUCACGCCAAAGUUACUGCAUAAAUCCUUCAGUACGUUCGUUAGGGAACCUGUCACUUAUCAAUGAUAGAUGCCUUGAUCUUCAAGAAGGACGUACAUCUACAGCAAGAGACAAAGAUGGAUGCACAACCAAAAGAGCCCGUCGUUGUGGAGGUUGCCCACAAAAAGCUCAAGAACGUGUGCAAGCUUUGCGUGACGAGAUUCUGGUUGAGGUCUCUGAUGUUGAAGAACUUGUCAAAAAGGGCACGGAAUUGAAAGCAUGCCCUUAUUAUGCUGCUCGAGCUGCUCUUAAAGAUGCUCAAGUUGUAUUGCUGCCUUAUAACACAUUAUUACAUGCUGCCACUCGAGAAACUGUGGGCAUAAGCUUGGCAGGAAAUAUUGUGAUUAUUGAUGAAGCUCAUAAUCUGCUUGACACUAUUGCACAUAUGCACAGUGCUGAAGUGACUGGUCAGCAGCUUUCAGACGCACUCACUCAACUAAAUGCAUAUCGCAGCCGCUACGAGAGCAGGUUCAGUGCAAUCAAUAUGUUACGUUUAGAUCAAUUAAUUUUUUAUAUAGAGCGACUGUUACGUAUUCUCCGAACAAACAUAACUAAAGGACAAAUCACUCCAGCAAAUGCAUACAAAGGCCCAGUGACUACUGUUUAUCAGCUGAUGGAUUUUGCCACUGCUGCUGGUGUUGAAAGUAUAAAUCCAUAUUUGUUAUUGGAAUUCUGCCUGAAAAGUAAACUUGCUCAUAAACUCCGAGGUUUUGCCAACAAAGGUCCUUCAGUUGUUCAGGUUCAUGAACGAAAACCAACAGGAUUGAAAGCAUUUCUUGAUGGAAUCCAGAAGGGAAAUACAGAACCUACUGUAGACGAAGAGCCAUCUGACUCAACCAAUGAACCAGUCUCAAAAAAUGCAAUCCUCCCAAUACUUAGCUUUCUUGAAUGUCUUAUGAGUCGUUCUGGAGAUGGUCGCGUUGUCUGUUCUCAACAAGCUACUUUGGGAGCAAGUCGAUUGAAAUUUCUACUUCUAAAUCCUGCUGAAUAUUUUAAGUCAGUUGUACAAGAAGCAAGGGCUGUGAUUGUAGCUGGUGGAACUAUGCAACCAUUAUCAGAAUUCAGAGACCAGCUGUUUCGGGCUGCAGGGGGCAGUUCAGAUCGCUUGGCACAAUUUUCUUGUGAUCACAUUGUCCCUCCUGAAAAUAUUUUGCCUAUUGCUUUGGUGAAAGGUCCUACUGGCAGAGAAUUGAACUUUAGCUAUGAAACUCGCAGUUUACCAGACAUGAUCCUGGAAGUGGAAAGAAUUCUUUCCAACGUGUGCAAUAUUGUUCCUGGAGGCAUUGUGUGUUUUUUCCCAUCGUAUGAUUAUGAGCAACAAGUAUUUUCUUUUAUGCAAAAAUCUGGUACUCUUGAGAAGUUGCAAUUAAAGAAAAAGAUAUUUCGAGAACCAAAGAAAUCUUCACAAGUGGAUCAAGUCCUUCGUGAUUAUGCACUUGCUAUCAACAGAUCUAAAUCUUCUGAUCGGAAAGGUGGUGCUCUGAUGUUGAGUGUAGUUGGUGGAAAACUGAGUGAAGGACUAAAUUUCUCAGAUGAUUUAGGCCGCCUUGUAAUUGUUGUUGGAAUGCCUUAUCCAAAUAGCAAAAGUCCUGAACUGCAGGAGAAAAUGAAUUACCUCAAUACUCACAUGGGAGCAGGCACUGGCCAGAAACAUUAUGAAGCUUUAUGCAUGAAAGCAGUAAAUCAGUCUAUAGGACGUGCCAUUCGUCAUCGAGAAGAUUAUGCCACAGUGCUCCUUGUUGAUAAACGUUAUAUUCGACCAUCUGUGCAAGCAGGUUUGCCUGGAUGGAUUCAGCGAUCUCUCCGUUCUUGUGAUAAAUUUGGACAAGCUCUUGCACAAAUACGUCAGUUUUUUCUGAACAAGAAGGCACAUUGACUCAUAAUUUGCUUCAUUAAAUAAAUUAUUAAACAAGUACUGUGGCCCAGUUAACAGAUUUCCCUUAAAAUCAUUUUAUUGUUCCAAGCUUUUUCUAAAGAUCAUCAUUGCCAUUGAAUGGCUCAAAUGCAUUACUGUGUCGGCGGGCUACUUCAUAUGAUCUCCUUCUCCAUCGGUUGUAUACGUUUUGAUACAAAAGUUUGGCUACUAUAGCAAUAAUGAGGGACACUCCCAGAACAAUGCCAACUAUUUCAGCAGCUCCUAAAGAAUCACUUGGUUCAUUUACAGUGCUAUGAUUGUUAUGGUCAACAGUUGUAGUUGUGGUGGAAUUAGAUGAGUCUGAAGUGUUUGAAGAAAAUUCUUGCGAUACAUCCAUACCACUUAUGGCAGCCAGCGAAGUGUCAUUUUCAUCUCCAUCUGUUGUCAAUGAAGUAUUGAGAUGAUGCGCUGUUUCUAAAUCAAUUGGGUUUUUGGGUGGCGAUGGUGAAGUGAUUGUAGCAUUAAUUGGAGGUACAAAUAUUGUACUCGAAAUUUUAUCUUGAGCUUCAUGCAAUAUCACAUCUGUUGAAAUUCUCAGAGUGUGUUCAGUUACGUCUGUAGGCAAUUCAGAUAUUUCUGAAUUGUUUCUGACACAUCUGACAAAAGCGACAUUUGAUAUUUCACCUUCUGUACCAUGUUCACCAAUUGCGGUCAUUGCAAUAUAAAGAGGAUUUCUUGGUGCUGUAAAGUGAGGAGGAAUUUUUAACAUUAUCUUUUCUUUUGUCCCCGCUUUUCCUGGUACAGUAGAAAGGUUCAUUCCAUCACUGGACACAAUAUCAUACAGAGUUGUAGAUAAUAUCAAUUUGUAUUUUAUAGCUGUAACAAAAAUAAUUUUGUGUUAGUCAAUGCUUUGAAAACCUAAAAUGGAGAACACAUUCUUCCAAAAAAUAUGACUCCUUGAAGCAUCUGUAUUGCAGUGACCAGUUAAUAUUAGUAGCAUGAAUAAAUGACACAGUCACAUAACAGGCUUAUCAAACAGUAGUAGGUUGAAUUCAGUUGAUCUUUUAAAACAAUAAGAUAAUGUGUUUUUACAAAAAUUAAUUUUAUAGCAAAUUUUGAAUUGAGAAUUUAGAUCAAAAUAUGCAGAAAUAAGGAGGCAGGAUAUCAUCUACAUAAAAUUGAUCUUACCAUUGGCUGGAGCUGUAAAGUCCACAGUCAGAGUGCAUUGUUUUGCAUCGGCCUCCACAGACACAACCAGAUCAUCAAUUUCUGAUGGAAAGGACAAUUCGCUGGCUGUAUUGGGCUGGAAAAUGUUUUUUGAAGUUUUGGAAUUGGUCAUUGAAAAUUUCAAAUGUGCACAGAAGAUUUUAAGAAUAUUGUCUCACCUGAAAUGUUCCUGCCCAGGCAACUCUAGUAAAUGCUUGGAGCUUAAGGAUUGUACUGGAAUCUAAAAAUUAUUAAAUGAAUAUGUUUUGUUUGUUGUAUUUGUAUUUUAUUUAUUCUAUUCGCAUAAAUAAAUUAUUAAUCAAAAUUUCAUUAUACCUGGCAGUAACUGUCCCCUUGCCCAGCAACGUGCAUUAUAAUAUCUAUGUUCUUGAAUAUUUAAAUGCUUUCUUACAUAAAAACCUUCAUUGGAGUAGUUUCCUGAAAUAUGUCUCAGCUCCUUCUUUAUUACAUUCCCAUCUUGGUCAGUAAUAUCCACACUGAAAGUGAACCCAAAUUGAUGUUAUUUUCCAGGUAUCAUUGUCAAUCUAAAUC